GAGACCGCUUCAGUGUCCAGUUUGUGGUGAGUUUCAUAGCUGAUUAGUCGCUUGCUGAGAUCGCCAAUUUGUGAAAAGUUUCAAUUAAAAAAAAAAAUAAUGCCAGUGGUACCAGUCGUCAAAUUCGAGAAUGGCUACACUUGUCCCGUCAUCGGACUUGGCACAUGGAAAUCAGCACCAGGCCAGGUGACGCAGGCGGUGAAGGACGCCAUCGACGCUGGCUACCGGCAUAUAGACUGCGCCCACAUCUACCUCAACGAAGCGGAAGUGGGCGCCGCGCUCAAGGCCAAGUUCGAGGAGGGCGUCGUGAAGAGGGAGGACGUGUUCAUAACGUCCAAGCUGUGGUGCACCUACCACCGGCCGGACCUCGUGGAGGGCGCCCUCAGCGUCACCCUGAAGGACCUCGGUCUGGAGUACUUGGACCUUUACCUGAUACACUGGCCACAAGCUUACAAGGAAGGAGAAGAAAACUUGCCUUUGGAUGAGGACGGCAAAGUCAUACCCUCGUCCGUGGACUUUGUGGACACGUGGAAGGCCAUGGAGGGGCUGGUGGAGAAGGGCCUGGUCAGGAGCAUCGGCGUCUCCAACUUCAACAAACGGCAGAUCGAUAGGCUGCUCACAUUGGCCGAUAUUAAACCCGCUGUCAACCAGAUCGAGGUGCACCCGUACCUGAACCAGCAGAGGCUGAUUGACUACUGCAUGUCCAAGGGGAUCGCAGUCACCGGAUACUCGCCCCUCGGCUCCCCCGACAGGCCCUGGGCCAAGCCCGACGACCCUCAGUUGUUGGAGGACCCCAAGUUGAAGCCCAUCGCCGAGAAAUACGACAAAACUGUUGCCCAAGUGUUGAUCAGAUAUGCAAUCGAGCGAGGUCUGAUCGUGAUACCCAAGUCGGUCACCAAGAGUCGUAUUAUUGCCAACUUUGACGUUUUCGACUUCAGCCUCACGCCUGAGGACCUCACCCAGAUCUCCACGCUUGAGUGUAACGGACGCUUCUGCAAUAUGGGCGACACACACCACCCGGACUAUCCAUUCCAUGAUGAGUAUUAAAUAUACUUCUGAAAAAACACAUAUUCAAAUACCUUCACAGAUGUCGUGAAAAACGGGCUGUAUGAACAAAUUCCUUUGACAAUAUUUUUUUUCCUUAGCGCGACCAUAAUGCUGUCAAUGUUUUUUUUUUCUCUGGGAAAAUAAAAAAGCAAUAAUUGGAAAAAAAAAACAGCGGUUUAUUUUUUUAUUUUUUAUUUAUUAUCAUACACUUACAUAUGUAGUAUGCACAAUAAUGAAUUGCACAAAAAUUGCAUUCGCAAAAAUACUUAAAUAAUGUAAAACAAAUUGUUUCGUAUUGUUAUUUAAUUGUUAAAUUUAAUAAACUUUAAUAUUAUACUUAA